AUGUCCCAUUCGGGACACCAGGAUUGUCAGGAGAGUAUAGGUGCAGAAGUUGGGAGCUCACUGCGCGACAUCGGGGGCUCGAAAUGCUCCAUCGAAGAAAAUACAGAUAGUAAAGGCACCGACAUUGUAUUGGAUCUUACAAUAAACCGCAACCAUAACGGCUCGGUGAUUUAUUGCAAAUUUCCACGCCAUGCUAUCAUCGUGGAAUUCGUGUAUGAACCAAACAACCCAUCACCAGUGGACAAUAGACCAAAUCUGUUAAACGCGAUUUCCUACGAAAUAAAAUCUUACGACAUCGGCUUUGCUUGUGACACCAAUACGAAUAUCACCGUCAAGGAAGGGCCAUUAAUGGUCAAGAUUUCUGGGAACUACGAUCUAGUGGAACAUAUUUGGUGCCAAUACACUGUAUACGGAGCAGAUGAAAAACCUAGAAUAUUUUUAACUCAAGACGAUUUUUCUGAAUAUGAAAAUCCAAAGGAAGCCAUAACUAUUAUAAAUGCAAAAAACUUUGGGGAAAACAAAAUGGAAUGGAACUGCACCCUGCUUACGUGGAGAGGUGCCAUGAUGUAUCCAACUAAUGUAUAUUAUUACGAAGACAUAUAUUAUUCAAGAAUAACUUGCCUAGGAAUAGUUCAUAUUGUUUCGGUAGCAGAAGAGAACACACUGAUCUUCAACGUGAACAACUACAACAAUACAUGUGAAAGUGUUGAACCAACGCAGAACUUCACAAUUCAAGAAGGCAACACCUUAACUGUGAAGGGCUUUCAUCUGUUGUCUGGAGAGGAUUUUUACCAAUUUUGCUAA